AUUGAGAUUGGGAGUGUGGGGUAGCCCGAGCCGCAGACGCAAGCCCCCGCAGCAGCAGCAGCAGCAGCUUGACUCGGAUUGAUCCUCCUUUAAUUAAGGAGUAGACGAGGACGUUUCUCUCGAAGACGCCCCUCUUUUCAUAUAGUCGCGUAGUCGAUGCUCGCUCGUAGUGUGUAGUCAGCACACUCUGCUGCAUUUCCCACUCCGCUCGCUCGAGAUCGCUCGCCCUGUCUCAAGGGUGAAAAAUGGCAGGAUCCUCGGGAACGAGAAGGCUGUGCAUUGCAGCGCUGCUGCUGGUGUGUGCGGUCGUCGCGGUGUCCGCGCUGUCGGCCGAGGAGGAGUACGAUGAGUGGCUGCACUACAUUUCUAAAACCUCUGAUCCUGUCUCCGACGAGACCGUCAACUCGUUGAAUGCCAAGAUUCUGAACAAGCAGUCGAUCACCAGCGACAUUAGCAGCUCGCUGUCGGGCUACGACGCAUGGCUGGCGAAGCAGAAGGUUCUGGCCGCCAGCAAGCCCGAUGUCCAGCCCGCCGAGCAGAGGAGGCACGGCGGCAACUCGAAGACCGAGGAAGUCAUUUACGUGGCCAAGGACGGAAGCGGUGACUUCUACACCAUCGCUGGAGCAUUGGCCUCCAUUCCCGUUUACAACAGCGCCCGAAAGACUCUCUUCAUCAAGGAAGGAGUUUACGAGGAGAAGAUCGUGAUUCCAUCGUCGCAGAAGUACAUCACAUUCAUCGGAGAGGGUGCCGACAAGACCGUGAUCACCGGACAUGCAACCGCAGGAGACGAGUACGGAGACGCAUUGCUGAAAACAUACCGCAGUGCAACCGUGGGAGUGAACUCCGACCACUUCAUCGCCAAGAAUAUCCGCUUCGAGAACACCUCGCCUCCCCCGGAGCCAGGAGCUAUCGGAAAGCAAGCAGUGGCCUUCAGAAUCAGCGGAGACAAGGCCGCGUUUUACAAUGUGGCAUUCCUCGGAGCUCAGGAUACCCUCUACGCUCACCAGGGUCGUCACUACUUCCAGAACGCCUACAUUCAAGGCUCCAUCGAUUUCGUCUUCGGCAACGGGAAAUCGUACUUCAAGGACUCCCACUUGCACAGCAUUGCGGACAGCUUCGGGUCGCUGACGGCGCAGAAGAGGAACGAGUCCGACAUGAACACGGGCUUCUCCUUCGUCAACUGCAAGAUCGACGGGACCGGAAUCAUUUACCUCGGCCGUGCGUGGGGCAAUUACUCGCGCGUCGUCUACUCAUGGAGCUACUUGAACGACAUGAUCAUCCCCGAAGGCUGGCAAGAUUGGGGUAUCCCAGCUCGUCAAGGAAUGGUGUACUACGGGCAGUACGAGUGCUCGGGACCCGGCGCUGACACGAGCAAGAGAGUGCCAUGGGCGAAGUCCCUCUCAUACGAGGACGCGAAGCCCUUCCUCACCGACUCCUUCGUGAACGGACACACUUGGAUCACACCGGAGGACGAAAUCCAUCCUUGAGAGUGCAUCUCGGCGCGCGAACCAGCGCCGAGGCUGAGGGAUGCCGAGCUCGUGGCAACACUGAAACGAUUUGCGGUCCUUCUCAUCAUCGUCCGCUCGAGCCGACGCUCUGAUUAGCAUGUUGAAUCUUCGCGCGUCGACCCUGAGCCGGAUCUGAAGAACGAGAGUGUCGCACGGGGGCGAGCUUCCCAGUAAUAUAAUAUAUAAAUUGUGUGGAGAAGAACACCAUUCAAUAUUAUUCUGACAACAUUGUCCAUAAGGAGACGAUUUUCGUGGGAGAGUGAGGAGUGCGUGCGAGUGUGGUCCUUCAGGAGUAGAGAGAGAGAGAGGUUCGUCGAUCUCGUAGCGGUUUUGAGUACAGGCAUCUGGUCCUAGAUCUCUCGAUGAUACGAGGUCCGUCUCCGCUGUUACCACCAACAUUUGCUGAGCGGGGAGAUUUUUAUCAUGUACGUAGAUAAAAGAGCGCUGGCUCAUCGUUCCGAUUGAACAAAUCACGCUUACUCUUUGAGUCCAGCUCCGAACUUGAACAUUUUGAGUUCUGUAAUUUGAUGCAAUACAGUGUUGAAUUGAAACACACAUUCUGUUCACUGUC